AUGAAUAAAGCCCCUAGUUCACCAAAAAAAAAGGAGCUCCCGUCACUUUCCCCCUCUGGUCGAGGGUUUCCUCUGCCCUGUUACGUUCCCCACUCCAAUCCAAUGGCGACGACCAGCAACAAGAAAAUGGCGUCGCCGUCGCCUAUGACGGACAUGCCCGACCAGCUCCUCGCCGAGAUCUUCCUCCGGCUGCCCACCCCACAAGACCUCGCCCGCGCCUCCGCCGUUUGCCUCACCUUCCGCCGAAUCUCCACCGACAGGUCCUUCCUCCGCUGCUUCCGCUGCCUCCACGCACCACCACUUCUCGGAUUCCUCGACCGCGACGGCUUCCACCCAGCCCUAACCUCCACCCCCGCCGUUCGCGCGGCCGCCGUCGCCGCCGAUUUCACCUUAUCCUUCCUCCCCUACCACCGCCGCUGGACCGUGCAGGACGUCCGCGACGGCCGCGUCCUCCUCUGCCGCAGCAUCGGAAAACAUGGGCAGCCCCCGGUCUUCAGAGAUCUCGCGGUGUGCGACCCCUUGCACCGGCGCUACGUCCUGCUCCCCCCGCUACCUCACGACCUGGCUGCUUUGCUUGGGCACCCUUUCCCCCCGGUAACCGAGGCCUGCUGCAAGCGCUUCCUCGUUCCCCUCGGUGAGGAGGAGGCAGCGGCUGGAGACACAACAUUCAUAGUCAUCUUGAUGGCAUAUUGCAAAACCAGUCUGGCUGCCUUUGUCUUCUCUUCCAGCAACGAUCAAUGGCAAGCUACUGCAUCCAAGGAUUUGAGUGAUUUGGCCCUUGACGAGGGCGACAUGGAGGAGAUGUCAAGGGUCCAGCCUUUUAUUCCCAUGCGCCAUUAUGCUUAUGGCUGUUUCUACUGGGACUGGGUGCAAUUCGGGAUGAAGAAGUUGCUCUUGCUUGACACCACGAACAUGGAGUUCUCCACUGCUGACCUCCCACCAGGAGAAUGGAGCAAGGAAGGUAUAGCCAUUGUGGAGGCAGGGGAAGGCAGGCUCGGGAUCUUUGGUUUCCAUGGUGGACUUGCAUCCAAUCUCAGCUAUACAGCUGCACGGACCAAAGGCGAGAGUCCCAGCCAGUGGCAGAUGGAGAAGACAAUCUCACUAGAUUCUGGCUACAAAUAUUGUAUCAGAGACGCAACACAGAGGUACUUGCUCUUGACAAGGAUAGAAGCAUCAUCUCCAAAUAAUCACCUUGUUGGAUAUUUCUCAAUGGAUAUCAAGACGUUGCAGCUUCAGAGGGUUUAUGAGAAACAGCACUAUAAGUAUCCGACAUACGCAUAUAUCAACUUCCCACCAUCAUUGUUGUCUUCAAGGAGAAUAUGA